AUGCCCGCCGGCCCCAGUGACCGCUACGACUCUCACUCUCACUGCACCAGCUGGAGCAACACCAGAGAUGACUACCACCACCACCGCAACCUCCAGGCCCCACUAGCAACAGCUUCCGCUCCCUGGACGGGUAGCCUUACUAUGAGCAUACCAGGUGGCAGUGGGGAAUUCCAGCGCGAACCGACGUCGAUGCCGCCGCCACAACGCGUAGGCACGGUCAGCAGCGGGGGUGACGUGUUUUCCGUCUCCCCCGCGAGCUCGAUUCACGGGGAGACCGACGACGAUGUUAGGGGUGAGUACUACGGUUAUGGAAGUGUAGAAAGGGGCGGGGGCCUAUCGCCUUCACCGGUCAGGCAGGUCUCGGACCUGGACCACAACAACGGCCGGGAUGCAGCGGCACGGACGGGCUGGCGUGGUCCAGGAGCAGGAGAAGUGCUCGGAUUAAGGGAUGGAGGAGGAGGAGGGGGAGGGAAACCGGGUCUGUGGGACCUGCCCCCGGACCCCAUCGAGAUACCCCUGCCCCCGCCGCAGCACUGGCGCGGAAGCAGGGAGCUGCAGGAACUUACCCAGGCGCGGGUGCGCGAGGCCGUGUCCGGCAGGAGACCCAGCUUGACGUCGUACGGACCGGCUCCGAUGCCGGCCCCGAUCCCGAUUCCGAAUUCGACUGGGACCUCUGCUUCGGUUUCGUUUUCUCCGGUGGCGGCGGCCGCCGCUCCUGUGGCUCCCGUCGUCACAGCCACAUCCCCCACCACAGGUGUGGAAAUCACUCCGUCGUCGGUGCCGUGGCAGAGCAGUUGGCAAGAGGAGCAAACCCCCGUUCCGCCGGCGAGGCCUCCUGGCCUUGGGGUCCGCGUGCGGCGUCACGGUAUGCAGAACAGCAACGGCAGCGGGCCGUUUAUGCACUACGAAGACCUUGAUUACUUUCGUCGGCCGAGCCCCGAGUCGGGGGAGCCGCCCAAGGACGAGUCUCAGGUCGGUGGGGAUACUAUGCCGCGAGAGGAUACUUUCCCUUCCAUAGCGGGGGACGACGUAGGCAGUCCGCAGGCACGAUGGUGGUGGGACCGACAGCGCAGGCGACGAAGAAAAACGACGGACCCAAUCGACACUGGCGAGGGCCUUUUGCGUGGGGGACGCGGUGGAGGGAUGAUGGCCAUCUGGCGGUACUGCGCGCAGUGGACGCAGGAGGUGCUAUGCUCUCUGGUCGGUCUGGCCUGCUUCGGGGCCAUUAUUGCGCUGCUGAAGGUGUACGACGGCCGUGGCCUGCCGGACUGGCCGCUUGCCGUCUCGCUCAACACCGUGGUGGCUUUCCUCACGGCGAUAUGCCAGGUGGCGCUGGCCGUUCCCCUCACGGAGGGUCUCUCCCAGCUGAUGUGGAACUCGUUUGCCCGAGGCGACAAGCCGCUGGGCGACUUUCAGACUUUUCAAAAUGCAAAGCGGGGGCCUGUGGGCUCUGCCGUUCUCCUCUGCAAGAGAAAAGGAAGGUUACUCGGAAUGACUGGGGCCACGACACUGCUGACGGGCUUCCUACUCUCGCCCCUUACGCAAGGAGCCAUAACCUAUCCCACCCGGCAGGUGCAAGGAGGGAGCGGCACCGCAGUCGUCUCCAGGAGCGAGUCCUAUUCCCACCCGGAGCCGUACGCUGUACUGGAUGGGAGCCUCGACACGCGAGAAAAACAGGCCAUCCAGUCAGGCAUCUAUCACGCCGUGGACCAACCAGUUCCCCACCUGCAACCCCUCUGCAGCUCGGGCGACUGCCAAUGGCGCAACUUCAGCUCCCUGGCCGUCUGCGCCGCCGUGGCCGACGUAUCCGACCGGUUGACCGUCUCCGAGGGGACCCUUUCGGCGAACGGUGACAUUGCCGUAGACACCUCCAACGCAUCCCUCCCCAACGGGCUGCACCUGAUCGGUGGCCUGACCACGGGCUGCAACCUGAACAUCUCUUGGCCGCGCAACUCGACCGGCGACGGCGUGGAGCAGGAGAACUUCCUCCCGGCCCGCAUGAGCCUGGCAUUCUCAUCGAACGGGGACGACGGCCGCGUCGCGAGCGCCAUUGCCAAUUUUUUCAUCAUUUACACCAGCCUGAUAGCAGAACGCCCAGCUGGCCCCAACGGAGCGUCUUCGGAUACAAGCACUAGCGUGUUCCAAGCCGUUGAGGUGCUCCUGCACUUCUGCGUCAACACGUACGAGAUCUCAACAGCCCGCGGUGUCUCGAGCAGUCGGGUGGUCCAUUCGUCGUCCCUCACCACCAGCGCGCAGCAGCAGAAACGGCAGCAGCAGGGCGAACCAGCGGUGAUGUUGCGGUCCAGGCAAGACCAAGGCGGAGGAGGUAGUAUUUACUCUGUCAAGCGGGACGACGUGAGGUUGCUGAACGGGUAUAUCCUGUCACUGUUCUCGGGUACGUAUUCCUACUGGUACGGAACCAGGAUAGGGAAUGAGACGCCGACCAGCGGGGCGCUGGGACAGGCUCUGUUCCGGCGGGCGGUGCCAGCAACGGCUGCGAACAAUCCGGAGGAGUACCUGCGAGACGUGGUGAGGAAUAUGACGAAUAAUGUGGCUACUAGCCUAAGUAAUGCGAUCCGCGCCAUGAGCCCGGCGAUGGAAACCGGCGUCGUGCUCGCGCGGGAGACUUAUGUUCACGUCGAAUGGGCUUGGCUCUCCUUCCUGGCGCUUCAGAUGGCCAUGGCUGCCAGCUUCCUGCUCGGAAUCAUGAUACAGACGGCCGUCUGGAAGGUCAAGAUCGUCAAGGACUCGGCCAUGGCCACGCUGCUUGCCCUUCCUCCUGGUGACAGGGCAUACCUGGAAGAGCAGGCGCACCUCUCCGUGGACGGCUCCCGCGGCAGUAACGAACACACGACUGACAUGACUCAGAACCUGCAAGCCGUAACCUGCAGGUUUAGGACCGGCGAGAGAGGUUGGGCUCUGGGGUUGUCUAAGAGGGAAGACGGGUAA